AUGCUAAUAUUUGUGAUAUUAUCAAUAACAGAAGCAUAUUUUUCCAAAUUAUCACAAUCAAAUCAUUUAUGUCAUAAUCAUUCACGAGCGCUAUUUUAUCGUUUACCAAUAGUGCCAUCUCCAUUGAUCAUCUGUUUAUCAUCUUUACAACCUUAUCCACCACCAAAAUUAUCACUUCAUCGUCCAUUAUUACGUUCAUUUCAACGUUCAACAAUUUUACAUCCACUUUUAUCACGUUGUCCAACAUUUUGUCCAUCCUUUUGGCCAUUGUGUCCAACGAUAAAUUCUUGUCCACUCAAACGUCCAUUACUUUCAUCUUCCUUUCCUGGUCCAUCAGAAACUUCACCACCUCAAUAUUACGAUGAUAAAAAAACUAAAAAUUCAAGUACUUCUAAAUUCGCCUCCUAUUUAAAUGAUUUCUCGGAAAAUUCUAAAAAUCAAUUAUCUGAUAAUGGUGCUUAUUUAAUAAAUGAUAUUAAUAAAGGAAAAAAUAUCAAUGAAACAUAUCAUAUGUAUUCAUUGGCAACUUUAAAUAAUACAACGAAUUCAAAAAAAAAAACUAAUUUAUUAUCAUUCAAUCAUUCAUCUGAUAUUUAUUUAUCAAGUAUAUUACCAAUACAACAACUAUCACGAAUUACAACUGAUAAUGCAAAUGAUAAUAAACUUAUUGACGAUACAACAAAAAGCGCUCAAAAAACAAGCGCUAAAUAUUUGUUAAAAAAUAACUGUUCAUCAAAUGAUAAUGAUAAUAACUGUAUUAGUGACAAUUUUACAAUGCCACCAGAGAAUGACUGCUGCACAAACUGUUCAAUUCCAUGCCAUUUUCGAUAUAUACAAAGGACAUCACUCACUACAGAUCAACUUCAGGAAGUGGACCCAAUAUGUAAUAAUGAAUUAUUACGACAGAUAAUUGCUGAACAAAUGGAUGAUGAUAUUAACAAAUCUAAAAUUCGAAUAGAACGAAUAGCACGAUGGUUUCUUGGUGGAUUAUUUGGAGUAAUCUGUGGAAAUGAUAAUUUUGCAUAUAUAAUUCAGACAAAAGAUUUUUGUCAACAUCGGAAAGGAAAUGUUACUUGUUAUGCUUUUCGAUUAUUAAUAGAUUAUAAUAAAAUUAACAUUCCGUAA